GUUUUUAAAAUGUUACUGGCCUCAAACAGAUGGGCCAAAAGAAGAGGUUUCAAGCCAUUUUCGGGGCAUUGCAUUUAGAUGACACGUGCCCCCGAAGCAACUGGGAAACUGUGCUAUGGCUGCUCUAAGGUAUGGCUACUGGAGAUGAAUUCCAAUCCUGCGUUGCACACCAACUGUAAUGCUUUGAAGGGCAUCAUUCCCACAGUGGUGAAUGAGACCUUGGACCUAGUGAUUGAGAUCUUCACCAAGAUCCAAAAGAGGCAGAGCAUCCUUCCGCUGGAGAGCCAGGGCCACUUUGUGCUGCUCUACAGUGGGACGGCCUCAGACAUCAGACUCUCGCGGGCGUCCAAGAGAAGGACAUCCCUUCAUUCUUUCCAGAACCAUCGGCCCCAACCUGAGAUCAGCACCAGUACCAGCGCCAGUAAUUCCACCAACACCACCAGCAGCUGCAGCGGUAGCCACUUGACAGAGAAGCAGCCGCCCAAAGCUUUGGAGAAGGUGCCUAAAGGAGAAACCAAGGGGGAGACAGCUGGCCCUCCUGAAGGGCUCUUCCUCGCGCCCUGCAGUCCAACCUCCCACCCAACCUUCCCCUCUUCCAGGAGUUCCCCAAGCCCUUCCGCCAGCUCAUGGCCCACGCCAAGCCUCCGACGAACAGCCCCAAAGCCAUCGCCGCAGCCCCAAGCCGUAGCUGCGACGAUGCACUCGCCGAAGACAAAAAGACCUCCCACCGUGGCUCUUAAACCAAGAUCACUUGUGUAUUUGAAAAGCCCUUGUUCUUUUUCCUCUAAAGGACAACAAGAAAAACAUAGCCCCUUAUAUAUGAGGUGUUUCGGUGUUUUUCUUCCCAUCCCUUGGAUUGAAUUAUUAUUUUGUUAAGAGCAAAAUAUUCUUUUUGAUCUCUUUUAAAAAAAGAAAGCAUGGUGAGUGGUGCCAAAUGUGGAUUCACCGGUAACUGAGAUACAGAUUUGCUCAGCUCCUAUGCUUCAACUUUGCAAUCCCAUUUGAGUGCUCUGUCUCUGUAUGUGUUUGGAAGAAGUGAUGUAUUUCGCCUGAAAUAGCUUCUCGGUUUAAAAAGGAAGAGUUUCCCAAUGUUGCACUGCACAACAAAGCCUCUCUUCCACCCAACAGACAGACCAGCCUUAAAUUUAGUGGGGAAAUCACAGUGGAAGUGAGUCACAUUGAGAAAGCGGCGAGACCCGUUCAAAGAAAGAGAAAGCGCCAUGCUGGUGAACUCAUCCUAGGCCACAGGCGUACAUUUCCAUAGGAAAAGGCAUUCUGUAUUUGCGUAGCAGCACAGAAAGGAAAGAAAGGGGGGUGCAGCAGAGUGGAACACUUAUUGUUUCAAUCAAAGAGCCAUGCAAAAGGAAGACUAAAGACUAGCUCUGUCUGCAAAGUGCUUCUUCUUAAGGGCCAGUGGUGCUUUUCCUCUCGUGACGAAAGCAAACCUCAGACGCAUCAUGGCAUC